AUGGCGUUCGACCUGGAUGCGUGCAUCGCCACGCUCCUCAAAAAACAGCUGCUCGGCGAAGCGCUGCUCAAAGAGAUCUGCGAAAAGACCAAGGAGAUCCUCAUGCGCGAGUCGAACGUCGUGCACAUCUCUGCACCCGUCACCGUCGUCGGCGACAUCCACGGCCAGUUCUACGACCUCAUCGAGAUCUUCCGCAUCGGCGGGUACGCUCCACACACCAACUACCUCUUCUUGGGCGACUACGUCGAUCGGGGGUUGUUCUCGGUCGAGACGAUCUCGCUGUUGACGUGUCUCAAGCUGAGGUAUCCGGAUCGAGUGCAGUUGAUCAGGGGGAAUCACGAGUCGAGGGCGGUGACGCAGACGUAUGGGUUUUACACCGAGUGUCAGCGCAAGUACGGAAGUGCCAAUGUGUGGACGUAUUUUACAGAUAUGUUUGACUUCUUGACGUUGUCGGUGGUGAUCGACGAUCAGAUCUUUUGCGUACACGGUGGUCUCUCCCCUUCGGUGCACUACAUUGAUCAGGUCAAGAUCAUCGAUCGUUUCCGAGAAAUCCCACACGAAGGCCCCAUGGCAGAUCUCGUAUGGUCAGAUCCAGAUCCGGACAAGGAGGAGUUCGCCAUCUCUCCCCGAGGUGCAGGUUACACCUUCGGCGCCUCGGUCGUGAAACACUUUUUGCAUCGCAACAACAUGAACCACAUCCUACGAGCACACCAGCUGUGCAUGGAAGGCUUUUCCGUUCUCUACGACGAUCGACUCUCGACGGUAUGGAGCGCCCCGAAUUACUGUUAUCGGUGCGGGAACAUGGCGAGUAUACUCGAGGUGUUUCCGGACGGCAGUAAGCACUUUAAUACGUUUGAGGCUGCACCGGAGAACGAGAGGGAUGGGCCGACGCAGCAUCAUCUGACUGGCGGCCCGACAGGGAAUGGAGCGGGCAAGCACGAGGCAGUCGAAUACUUCUUGUAA